GGGAGCGCAAGGGCGGUGCUGGUGACGCGGCUGGGCCGUGGGCACACUUAGGCACCCAGUGCGCGUGCGCGAGGCUGGAACCUAGGUUUUCGGAGGAGGUUGGAGAUGGCAGCGGCCGAGGCGGCUUCACUGGAGCCCGCGGCUCCGGAACAACCUGCGGAGCUGCCUGCCUCGGUGCGGGCGAGCAUCGAGAGGAAGCGGCAGCGGGCGCUGAUGCUGCGCCAGGCCCGGCUGGCGGCGCGGCCCUACCCAGCGACGGCGGCUGCGGCCACUGGAGGCAUGGCUAAUGUAAAAGCAGCUCCAAAGAUAAUUGACACAGGAGGAGGCUUUAUUUUGGAAGAGGAAGAAGAAGAAGAACAUACAAUUGGAAAAGUUGUUCAUCAACCAGGGCCUAUUAUGGAAUUUGAUUACACAAUAUGUGAAGAAUGUGGGAAAGAUUUUAUGGAUUCUUAUCUUAUGAGCCACUUUGAUUUGGCAACUUGUGAUAACUGCAGAGAUGCUGAUGAUAAACACAAGCUUAUAACAAAAACAGAAGCCAAACAAGAAUACCUUCUGAAAGACUGUGAUUUGGAAAAAAGAGAACCAGCUCUUAAAUUUAUUGUGAAGAAAAAUCCUCAUCAUUCACAAUGGGGCGAUAUGAAACUCUACUUAAAAUUACAGAUUGUGAAGCGGUCUCUUGAAGUUUGGGGUAGUCAGGAAGCAUUAGAUGCAGCAAAGGAAGUUAGACAAGAAAACCGAGAAAAAAUGAAACAGAAGAAGUUUGAUAAAAAAGUAAAAGAGGUUGGUGGCUGUGUUCCUGUCCUCUUGACUAGGCCACAGAGGGCUGAGAGUGGAGUAGACACUGUAGGGGUUAGGAACAAGGAGCUUGCUGUGCCAUUUGCUCAGAAGGCUCAGAACAGAGAGGAGUAAAAGCAAGUCUAAGUUUUUUAGUUGAAAAGAAAUUGAAACCUUUUUCCUUUUGCUCUUCUGAUUUGAUCCACAAAGAAACUGACAUAAAGUUUACUUCUUUAUGGAAAGGCAAGAUUACAUUUACUACUUUUAGAAUAUGAU